UUGAAGACUUAAAUAAAGUUGUACUUUGAAUGAGGAAGCUCCUACAAUCAUGGCGGCCGAGCAGACCGGCGACGUAGUUCCUCCUUCUCUGUCAGCUAAAGUAGUUGGGUCGUUUGCUUACUUGACUGUAAGAGACCGAUUGCCCACCAUCCUCACUAAAGUCGUAGACACAAUCCAUCGCAACAAAAACAAGUUUUUUGAAGAAUAUGGGGAGGAGGGAAUCCAAGCAGAGAAGCAAGCUAUUUCUCUGCUGUCCAAGCUGAGGAACGAGCUGCAAACAGACAAACCUAUACUCGCCCUGACUGACGGCCUGGAGGACGCGGACCCUUGGAACCGGUAUCUGCAGCGACAACAGGGGCAGCAUGGGGACCAGGAUGUGGUCAGCUGGUUCAAGUCUCCGUGGCUGUAUGUAGAGUGCUACAUGUACCGCAGGAUACAGGAGGCCCUCUGGCUCAACUCUCCCAUCAGUGGCUAUGAUGUCUUCAAUGAGGGCAAGACUCAGAGCUUCUUUGAGUCUCAGCAGGCUAUAAUGGCUUUAUGCACAUACUUUGAGGCCUUCAAGAAGAAAAUGGAAGACAUCGCUGAAAAUCACCUUCAGGAGUAUUUCAACAAACUGCUACAGGUUUCUCUCUGGGGAAACAAAUGUGAUCUGUCAAUCUCUGCUGGCGUGGACAAUUCGCAGAAGAGCAGUCCCAUCGACUCUCUAGUCGCCUUGCAGAUGUUCAUCUUAGUGGACGACUCCGACGCCGUGUGGUCGGCGCUCAUUUCUGCCCGGCGACAGACCCAGUCGGGGAAAAGGCGGUCCACUCGAGUGGACUUUGUUCUGGAUAACGCUGGCUUUGAGUUGGUCACCGACUUGGUCCUGGCCGAUUUCCUGGUGUCUUCCGGUCUGGCCCGCGAGGUCCGCUUCCACGGCAAAUCCUUCCCGUGGUUCGUCUCCGACGUCACGGCCGAGGAUUUUCAUUGGACCAUCCGGCAGACCAUGGCGGCCAAUCACAGGUGGAUGUCUCAGAGAGGGGUGCAGUGGCAGCAAUACAUGAAAGAGGGCACAUGGUCCUAUCACGACCAUCCCUUCUGGACGCAGCCGAACGAGUUCUGUGACAUGGCGGCCGACGCUCCGGAGCUGUACGCGACUCUGCAGGCGGCAGACUUGGUGCUGUUUAAAGGCGAUCUCAACUACAGGAAGCUGGCAGGAGAUCGGGACUGGGACCACACGGUGGGCUUUGACACUGCGCUGAGGGGAUUUGGACCAGCACCGCUGUGCAGUUUGAGGACUCUUAAGGCUAACAUUCAAGUGGGUCUGCAGCCAGGCCAAGGGAGCAAGCUGAGCUCUCAAGAAUCAGAUUGGAUGACAUGCGGAAAGUACGCAGUCAUUCAGUUCUACGGGCCGAACUCGGAUCAGCAGGAAUGACCUCAGAAGAAUCAAUGAUCAACACUUGUAUUAAAGCCGUCACAUGGUGGGGUCAUUGUCAAUUUGCAAUGUUUUAUUCAGAAAGCACUUAACUACAAAUGUUUGAUUUCUCUCAGGAUUUCAGUUUUUAACUCUCCUAAAGGAGAUAUAUUAUGCUUUUUUUCCCCCCACAUAUUUAAAUUUGUGAAUACUUCCUGUAGUUCCUCCUAAAUCGGUGAAUCAUUUGUACUUUUCAUUUUCAAUUGGUCGUUGACAAGUCAAAAUGAAAGCGACUGAUGUUUUGGUUUUCAUAAUUCAAUUGUAGGCUCGAUCAAAAAUACAUCAAGUAAAAAUGGGCCGCUGGAGUGAAUUUGAUUUAAAUAUAUAAUUACGUGACCCAUGCGUUUAGUAAAGAGCAUUAGUAAACCUACGUUGGCUUGUUAAAUUAGUUUGGACCAUGAUCCAUAUUAUAUCAAGGACAAAAGUGUUUGAAGAAUUAUCUGCUUAAUUCAUUCGUGUUCACCACAGGAGGAGGAAACCCUUCCACUGCUGUUUGUCCAAUCGCAUUGAUUUCAUUCACACCAGUGUGGAUGCAGCGACCAUUGGAAUUGGAACAACCCAGAACAUUAGUGUUGAUCAAAUUCAGUCCUGUGGCCUGGUUUUUCAAUUUGUAUUUUUGAUCCUGGCAUACAUUUUUUUUCCUGCUUUAUGUUGGAUUUAAAAAGAAUAACACAAUCAGUCACUUUAUUUUUGAUUUCCAAUUUAAAAUGGAAAUAAAUGUUCCACGGAUUUUGGUAAAAUGUCUAACAAGCUUUGGUCAAAAUAAAUAGGAUAAAGAAUUUCGGCACUUUUUAGCCCUUUAACAGCCCGGUUGAAAUCAGAAUGCUUGAUGCCAAAUUCAUGUCACAAAAUGUGUCUUGCUUACAGAAAUACUUUCUUAAAUGGACUGCUCACAAAACUGUUUGGUUGUCUAAUUUCACACUUGAUGGGUAAGGAGCCACUUCAGAGUCCGAUUUGUAUACUGUACAAAUAAUUAAAAAAGUCAAUUUUCCAUAAUAUGUCCCCCAUUAAGUUGAAGUGCCAGUGGGAGGGUGCUAUUGUAGAGCUCGUUAUCUCGCCAAGGUGCAACUGAAGUGCGAUAAUGUUGUUUUGUCUGCAACAAUCUGUCUGUCACAUUGCUUCAAAUUUGCAUGCAAACACUGAAAAUACUAUUUGCAGUUUUUGGGGCAACCUGGCUUUGUAGAGGUAAAAGCACCAAGGGUAGCGUCAAUAGUCAAGGUUAUAUAAAAAACAAAUACAAACAAUUAUAGAAGUUUUCAUCAAAUUGCCCACAAACUCCCUAGUGGGGAAUUAGUUAUGCUGUAAAAUAAUUUAGGCAAAGUAAUGGUAAUGUGAGUAAGUUAGAGUGCAGACAAUCAUUUAGUCACUUAAAUGGAAUACAUAAAAAAAAACUUUAUGGUCGUCCAAUGAAACACUUUUCCCCCCCAUUUAUUUUUUUAAAUUGUUUUUUUUAAAUGUUAUGAAUAAAUGUAUUGUGUUUUGGAUAAAAAAAAAAAAAUCAUAUCCUAAUGACAACUCCUGAAGCAAGGACACAAACAUUGAUUAAUUAAAACAGUCACAGGCUCAUU